UCAUGCUGCUGCCAAGUCCAGAGUCUCUCAUGGGUCCCUGUACGGCCUCCCAUUGCUGCUGUCUCCAUCGCCACACUCUGCCAUGUGCCACUUUCAGGUCUCCUCACACUGCUGGUGUGUUCCAUUUUUUGUCAUAGGGUGCUGGCAGAUUACGGGCCUCCUAUAGCUGCUGCCAGGCCCCUAAUCUGCCAUGGGCCCCUAUACCGCCUCCUCAUGCUGCUGCCAGGUCCAGAGUGUCUCAUGGGUCCCUGUACGGCCUCCCAUUGCUGCUGUCUCCAUCGCCACACUCUGCCAUGUGCCACUUUCAGGUCUCCUCACACUGCUGGUGUGUUCCAUUUUUUG